AUGCAUGAUCCUCAAGCACCACCUUUCAUAGAGAAGGACCCUUUCAAUGGCGACGGCAAUGCCAGUAAAUUUUGCGUCCACAGAGGAAGAGUCCAUUUCAAAGAGCGAUUAGUUCGGACCGAGAAGUUUGUUCGCGAGAGAGAAGCCGAACGCACAUUGAUGGGCGCUUAUCGAAACAAAUUCACAGACGCUGUGCAAUUAAAGAUACGCAGCACUGCCAACACGAAUGUCGUUUUCUUCAAUGGCAAACUUCUUGCUUGCAAGGAGGAUUCCCCUCCGUACUCCAUGAACCCGGAUACACUAGAGACUAUCGAUUUGGAGGACUUUGACGGACAGCUUCCAAGUUUUACCUUCACAGCACACCCAAAGAUUGACCCUGCCAUUAAGGAACUCGUCUGCUUUGGUUACGAGGCGAAGGGAGAGGUAUGGUUGGUUGCGCCCGUGUGUGCCAUGAUCCACGACUUUGCAUGGUUCCGUGCGCCCAAUGCAUUUUCCGGACAUACCUCGAAUGCUUACGAGACAAAAGAUGGCAAGAUUCUAUUUGUUUUGCCUCUGACAAACAAAAAUGUCUUCUGGUGGCCAGACGCUCAAGGAAACGCUCCGAACCCGAUGGAUAUCAGAGCACAAUUGGUGCGGUUCGGUAUCGACCCAAAAUCAACGGAGCUUGAUCUCACAUAUGACGAAUUCCUUAUGGAUAAAGACUGCGAGUUCAGCCGCAUUGACGACCGUUUUGCUAUGACGCAUUAUCGACAUGCUUUCUUCGACAUUAUGAAUUCUGCUCACGGAACGGACUUUCCCUCCAUCGGCACUGUGAUGGGCGGGGGCUUUCCUCCCCCUAUAACUGUGGAGUAUUUCCCGGGUCCAAAACAUCUGGUGCAAGAAGUCGUCCUCAUUCCAAGAUCUGCUAAUGCUCGAGAAGGAGUUGGAUGUCUGCUUUUUCUGGUCAACAACUACGAAACCAUGUCAAGCGAACUGCAUAUUGUUGACACCACAAAUUUCUCGCAGGCACAAGUAAUAGUCUAUUUACCGCUGCGGCUCCGACCAGGGCUGCACGGUACCUGGGUUGACAGCCAAGAAAUUUUCCCUGCGGCCUAG